AGCGCCUCGCUCGAGCAAGGGGCCCGCGGCGCGGCAGCGGCCUCGCGCCAUGUCGCCGGGCACCGCGGCCGAUCCCUGCGAGGAGGCCGAGCUCGGUGGCCAAUCACCCGAGGGGUUGGUCUCGGAGGACCGCUGCGGAGAGUGCUGCGAGCAGUGCUGCCCCGAGUGCUGCGAUUGCGACAGGUUCUGCCGGCGCUGCCGCCAGCGCUGCGGACACAGAUGGUGCCGACGUUGCUGUAGACUCGGUUGUUGCAGCUGUUGCGUCAGAGGGGCGCCUCCAGAACAGGCGAAGGUAACAGUGGCGUACGCUCUGAAGCACGUCGCCGACGAAAGCGUCCUGCUCGGCUGCCUUCUGCAGUUCAGGAUGCGACCUCUGCUGUAUCAGAGGGUUCUGUUGCUGAUGCUCUUCCUGGUGACAGCCGUCUUCGUGCAGUACGCGGAAAAGGCCAUAGGGCCGAUUUGCGUCCGGGAGUACUUGGCAGAGUGCCCUGCUUUCACAGCACCCUCGGGGUUUCCUUUCGAGCACAUCACAUUGGCUCCGCCUGGUAUCACCGUCCCCGAGGGCACGGCGGUGAGGUACCGCCGUAUUCAAGCUGUUGAUGAUCAGCCUCUUCUUCCCUCUGCUUCCCUUUUCGGUGGCGAGCCCGUAUCAGAGGAGCCAAGAUCCCGUGCAACACGGCGGCUGGACACCGGCACCGGCACGGUCGCCGUGUCGGAUGGCGAGAGAAGCGGCAUGGAAUCGGUCCGGGACUCCAUCCUAGCGAGACUAACCGCCAUGUUUGGUCAGUCGCGCUUCGACUGCAGCAUGCCGAUGUGCGACAUCUUUUACCCGCAGAUGAUCGACUGGAUCAGCCUCUGGCGCCUAACCAACUCGAUCUGGGGAACCACCACCUCUCAUCCGGUGCCCUUCACUUCGGAGGCCGUGCUCGUCGGCUAUUGCAAGUGCGAGGGUCCGCUGUACGACGGCGUCCCCACCGCCCGCGUCACCAACGAGGCCCGAUCCUUCAUGGUGACGCUGAUCUUGCAGACGCUCUUGCCAAAGCUGUUCCGCGCGGCCCUGGAGUGCAGCGCUGGCGGACCCCGCGGAGCUGACGAGUCAACGCCCCGACGUUGCCAGGGGCCCAAGCGGUGGUUCCACGGCGCCACGGUCGCCGCGCUCCUUGCGACCGUGGCGUGGAUGUGCUUGGGCCUCCUCCUGCUGGAGUUUGACCCCGAAGGGUGGAGAGCCGCGCUGGCGGCCUCCGCCUUCUCCACGCCGUCGUGGACCCGCUCACUUCGCUGCUGCAGCUCGCCUUCUGCGUUCGCGCCGGCUGGCCGCUGCGGCGAUGCGGCCUUGCGCCCCCCACCGACCAGCUGCUCGCAAGGCCCUCGCUCUGCGGGUGCUGUGGCGGGCACGCGGGUGCGGAGCCGCGGGCGGAGGCCUCGUGCAUCGGGAGGGCCACGGCGCAGAUGGCGCAGCUCGAGUGACCCGCGAGCGCCACGGCCGCGACGCCAGGCCUCUCGAGCACGUGCAUUCGAUGCUCAACCUCUGCCUCCCCGAGCCUCCGACGUGACGUUUUUUGUUUCCAGAGGAGGAGGUCCCCAGAAGGGGUUCGAGAGCUCAGGGGGCCCACAGGUCGAAUUCGUCACAUCACGUUCGGCGUUUGAGCCCGCGCCGCCGCGCCGCCGCCUCCCCCGCGCACAGAGGUUCCGGCGGGGGCGCCGGCCGCCGCCCCGCGCACAGAGUUUGAAGCAGGGGUGCCAACCAGCCGGCCGCCUCGCGCACAGAGUUUUAAGCCGAGGCGCCAGGCGAUUCUGGAGGUGAUUCCGAAAGAGGCGCCCCCCAACCUCGCCACUGGUACUCCGCGUCCGAGGCAGCGACGCUGGCAGUCGGAGCAGCAACGGCAGACGUGGCAUGCAGCAUCCCCCUCUCUCGACGGAAUGCUGGUAGGGUUAAGUCGGG